AUGUAUAUACUCGCCAUCAAAUCUGGACAGAGAGAGAAAGGAAGACAAUGGAACAAAUUGGAGGAUUUGGUGUCAGGUCUGCUGAGAAAAACCGAGGAGCACGCCAAGCUCAUUGCGCAAUUAAAAAAUGAUUGCGAACACCUGUGGCACGAGAAGGAAAACCUCAAGUUAGAUAACGAGAACCUCAAGUCUAGCCUGCUGGAAAAUAUUCGUGAUAGGGACGAAAUUAAACUUGAACUGAAUUCCACGGAAGGGAGACUCCAAUAUCUUGAGGCUGUUAACCAGCAAAUAAGAGGCUCCACGACGCACAAGGCUUCCAGCAGCAUCCGUGCUAAAGGACCACCAAGCUUGACGCCGAAACGCGCUUGUUCGACGCAUGGUAUUCGAAUGGUAGCUCCCCGAACGUGUCAGGCGCUAGCAGACCUGGGAGUCACGCGGUCUGGAACCUACCAUGUGGAUCCCGACGGGAGUCUCAUCGGAGAUGCACCUACCCUAGUGUUCUGUGACAUGGAGACAACUCCAGUAUCCACCAUCGUCCUCCAUGAUUCGAUGGGAAACACUGAGAUAGAUCCUUGUGGUGAUCCUGGUUGCUACAGACGCAACAUAAGUUAUGGUUCGUCCAUGAAACAAAUGGUAGCAUUGAUAGAGCAAUCGGAGUCCUGUGAGCAGCAAAUCAGAUACGACUGCUUCAUGGCGGCACUGACUACUGGACUCAGGCAGUACGGAUGGUGGGUGGACCGCCACGGCGAUCCUCAGUACUACUGGGACGGAUCGAACGCAGGAGAACAUGUAUGCAGGUGUGGCAUCUCCAACGAUUGCAUUGGCCCUCCUCACCCUUGUAACUGCGAUGCAAAAGCCCCACAAUGGGAAUCGGACGUGGGAGCGAUCAUGAAUGGAACAGCACUGCCUAUAACAGAGCUGCACUUUGGAGGAUUGAAGUUCGAUGACCAAAGGGCGAAUUACACUCUGGGCGCCCUGACUUGCAGGGGCAAGGCUCCAUCCUCUGCCAACCCGGUAGAGCCCGACUCGUCUCUCCACGGAGCUGGAUCUACGAGUUUCCCCCAAAAGAUAAUCGAUUCCGCUUCUUGAACGUAUGACAAGCCAAAGUGCUUCCUGCUCAAAAACCAUCAUUCGCUC